CGCCUGAGCUCCAACCAUCUCCAGACUUCCUCAUCAUCCUCUCCUCUCCUCUCCUCCAAAUUUCGUUUCAAAUUCACUAAUCGGUCAUUUCAGUUCCAUUGAGAGAGAGAGAGUGGAAUAAUCAUGAGCACAACGCAGGGGACGCACUCGCUGGCCUUUCGGGUGAUGAGGCUAUGCAGACCUUCAUUCCACGUUGAAGCCCCGCUUCGUGUGGACGCCUCGGAUCUUAUCGUCGGCGAGGACAUCUUCGACGAUCCAAUUGCCGCUUCUCGGCUUCCUCCUCUAAUUGACGCUCAUGUCACCAAGCUCACCGACACAUCUGAUCUCACCUAUCGCACCAGAUUCCUCCUCCAACACCCCUCCGAUUCAUUUGGGCUCACUGGUCUCCUCGUGCUCCCUCAAGCCUUUGGGGCUAUAUAUUUGGGGGAGACCUUUUGCAGCUAUAUAAGCAUCAAUAAUAGCUCUAAUUUUGAAGUUAGGGAUGUUACAAUUAAGGCAGAAAUUCAAACAGAGCGUCAGAGGAUCCUCCUAUUGGACACAUCAAAAAGCCCUGUUGAGUCUAUACGUGCUGGAGGGCGUUAUGAUUUCAUUGUAGAGCAUGAUGUGAAGGAACUUGGAGCCCACACGUUGGUCUGCACUGCAGUUUACAAUGAUGGUGAUGGUGACCGUAAAUAUCUUCCACAAUUCUUCAAGUUCAUUGUUGCCAAUCCACUUUCAGUUAGAACAAAGGUCCGUGUUGUCAAGGAAACUACAUAUUUAGAGGCGUGCAUUGAAAAUCAUACAAAAACAAACCUUUAUAUGGACCAAGUUGAGUUUGAGCCAGCACAGCACUGGAGUGCAAAUAUAGUAAAAGCUGAUGAACACAAAUCUGAGAAAGAUUCUCUAAGCAGGGAAAUAUUCAAGCCUCCUGUACUGAUUAGAUCUGGCGGAGGAAUUCACAACUAUCUUUAUCAAUUAAGAUCGUCUUCAAAUGGUUCUGCACAAAGUAACAUUCUUGGUAAGCUUCAAAUAACAUGGCGUACAAAUUUAGGUGAACCUGGUCGCCUGCAGACACAGCAAAUUCUUGGCACUCCUGUUACACAUAAAGAGAUCGAGUUGUGCGUUAUGGAGGUUCCAUCUGUCAUCAACUUGGACAAGCCAUUUUCGGUGCACUUGAAUCUCAAAAACCAUACAGAGAGAGAAUUGGGCCCCUUUGAGGUUUGGUUAUCACAAAAUGAUUCACUUGAUGAGAAGGCUGUUAUGAUAAAUGGCCUUCAGACGAUGGAACUACCACAGUUGAAGGCAUUUGGAGCUAAUGAUUUCCACCUGAACUUGAUUGCUACUAAACUUGGAGUACAGAAAAUAACAGGUAUUACAGUGUUUGACAAAUCAGAGAAGAAAACCCAUGUCCCAUUGCCUGAUUUAGAGAUUUUUGUGGACCUGGAUUGAUUUAUUCCCUCAGGUGGAGUUUUCUAUCCAUCUUAGGAAAUGUGUUGAUAAAUGAGCGUCAUCUUGGCCAGUGGGACUUGUGCCCAAGUCCUGUUUAGUCAGGAGAUAUACUGUUUUUUUUUUUUCCUUGAUUCCUGCAACUCUUGUUAGAUUUUCUGAUCCAAGUGAAUUAAAAAGUACAUUACGCUGAUUUCGAUAUAUUAUAUAAUUCUGUGCUGUACGCCAAA